CUAACUUCAAGCAGCGCCAGGUCAAGUAAACUUGCACCACCACAACUGGCAAGAUGAAGUUGAACAUCAGCUACCCUGCCAAUGGCAGCCAGAAGCUCAUCGAUAUUGAGGAUGAGCGCAAGCUCCGUGUCUUCAUGGAGAAGCGCAUGGGCGCUGAGGUCCCCGGUGACUCCAUCGGCGACGAGUUCAAGGGCUACAUCUUCCGCAUCACCGGCGGCAACGACAAGCAGGGUUUCCCCAUGAAGCAGGGUGUCAUGCACCCUACCCGUGUCCGCCUCCUCCUCUCCGACGGCCACUCCUGCUACCGCCCCCGACGCACCGGCGAGCGCAAGCGCAAGUCUGUCCGUGGCUGCAUCGUCGGCAUGGACCUGUCCGUCCUCGCCCUCAGCGUCGUCAAGCAGGGUGAUGCCGACAUCCCCGGCCUGACCGACGUCGUCCACCCCAAGCGCCUCGGCCCCAAGCGCGCCACCAAGAUCCGCAAGUUCUUCGGCCUCACCAAGGAUGACGAUGUCCGCAAGUACGUUAUCCGACGAGAGGUCCAGCCCAAGGGUGAGGGCAAGGCUGCCUACACCAAGGCUCCCCGCAUCCAGAGGCUGGUCACCCCCCAGCGUCUCCAGCACAAGCGCCACCGUGCCGCCCUCAAGCGGCGCCAGGCCGAGAAGGUCAAGGACGAGGCCAACGAGUACGCCCAGGUCCUGGCCAAGCGUGUGGCCGAGGCCAAGGCUCACAAGGCCGAUGCCCGCAAGCGACGAGCAAGCUCUAUGCGCAAGUAAGGGAUUCUGGCGUUUGAUUGAAAAAAAGGGGAAUCAUACCUUGGUCUUGUGGUUUGCAUGCAUUGGGAGUGAGGAUUCUCUAGGGCUUGAGAUUUUGAGCCAAACAACAACUUCGGCAAUGACCGCCGUCGAACGAAUGUAUUAGACGCAUCUCGGGAAA